UGGAGCUAAUGGGAAGGUAAAGCUAGUAAGGAGGACGAGCACAAAGUAACAUGACAGCGGUUUGACCUAACUUUGAGCAUUAUAUAAACAUUUUAAGAGCGCGUGCCUCUCACAAACUGUAAUCCUACAACAAUGAUCAAUGGAUAAGCUGUGAAACAUAAGAGCACUCAUGUGCUACAAACUGUACAAAAAGUAGGUCAGUGCGUUUAUGAUCGGGGUGUUUAUUUGCUAUUUUUUUUAAGUCGUCAUGCAGAAAGAACAUUUAUUCAAAGUUCUAGUCAUCGGAGACCUCGGAGUGGGAAAAACGUCGAUAAUCAAACGAUACGUUCAUCAGAUAUUUUCUCAACAUUAUCGCGCAACCAUUGGAGUGGAUUUUGCUCUUAAAGUCCUUCACUGGGACAGUCAGACGGUGAUCCGGCUGCAGUUAUGGGACAUAGCAGGACAGGAGCGCUAUGGGAACAUGACACGGGUUUACUAUCGGGAGGCCGUGGGAGCCCUCAUAGUAUUUGACGUGACCAGAGCCUCCACGUUUGACGCAGUGCUGAAAUGGAAAGACGACCUGGACUUAAAGGUCACUCUCAGCAACGGCAAACCUGUCCCAGCUGUGCUUCUGGCCAACAAGUCUGACCAGUCACGUGAAGGUCUGCGUUCCCAGAUUCCAAAGCUUGAUACAUUCUGCAAAGAGAAUGGAUUUGUGGGCUGGUUUGAGACCUCUGCAAAGGAGAACACAAACAUCGAGGCGGCAGCUAAAUGUCUGGUGGAUCACAUUUUAGCCCAUGAAGAGAACAUCACCAGCAACACAGACCCAGAUGUGGUGGCCCUCCCCGGGUACAACAACAACACAAAAGAACGGGUCCGAGCCAAAUGCACGGCGUGUUCCAAAUUUUGAAUACAGGAGGAUGAAAGUAAAUAUAAAAUAAAUAUGUUGCAGUUUGUUAUAGAUUUAAGGGGACUCAGCCAUUUAAUGGUAAUCCCAAAACAAUGAGAUUCAUCUUCAAGACACAAGAAAUGCAACAAAAUG